CGCAGGUUUAACACAACCCCCCAUCGCCGCACAUUAUCACUUCAACACCACCUCACUCACCUUAAGUUAACUCUUGUCCAAAAUAAAUAUACUUAUAAUCCAGUCUUAGCCUUAGUUUUUGCACUUACAACACGCUUUCCAACUCCCCCUCUCUCUCACCAAUUCCCUUCAAUAUUGUUCUAAAAACACACACACAUCCUAUUUUCAUGUCCUAAAACUCCCACUGAACCCCGCCCCACUCUUGCACACUCCCAUAAUUUCUCCUCUAAACUAAAAUCUAACUCCCCAAUCUUAAACCCUUAGAUCUUUCUUCUGCCUUGUCUGCUUCUGUUUCAAAUCCCCCCAUUUUUUGUCUUUGUUACGCGGCGGUGUGGUGUAUAAUGUAAACUCUGUUUGUGUUUGGUGUUAAUAAAAUGGCGGGACAGGUGGUGAGAGUUAAGAGGGAAAUAAUAGAGGCAUGCAUGACUUGUCCUCUUUGUAAUAAGCUCUUAAGAGACGCCACUACUAUUUCUUUGUGUCUCCAUACGUUUUGCAGAAAGUGUAUUUAUGAGAAGCUCUCAGAUGAAGAGGGAGACUGCUGUCCUGUAUGCAACAUUGACCUUGGCUGCCUCCCUGUAGAGAAACUGAGGCCAGACCAUAAUUUACAAGACAUUAGGGCCAAAAUAUUUCCUUUUAAAAGAAGAAAAAUUAAGGCUCCUGAAGUUAUGCCUUCAAUUGCAUUGCCACCAAAAAGAAAGGAGAGAUCAUUAUCAUCUUUAGUGGUUAGCGCUCCCAAAGCGCCAAUGCAAACUGGAUUUACUGGAAGGAGAACUAAAGCAGGUACAAGAAAAGUUGUUCCUUCGCGGUGCAAUUUUUCUGUCGAGGAAUUCAAUAAAAAUGAAGAUUCUCUGGAAGAUCAUCCAAUGAGUUCAAGUUCUCCUGGGUCUCCUAGCCGACUUGUACAAAAUAAAAUGCAGGAUUCUUCUGCGGGUGAUUCUCCGAAUACACCGAGGCCUGAAGACGAUCCAGUGGUUGAUAGAAAAAUAGAAGGGAAAGCUGAUUUAUGGACUCCCUUAAAUUGUCUUGUUGAAGCUGCCAACAGAAGCAAAUCCUCCAAGUCAAAUUCACAAGGGCCAUCUCAUGUUAAAUUAGAACUGCUUAAUGCUCCUGAUGAUGACUUAUAUUUACUUGGAAUGAAAGACAUAGCAGAAUCGCCACAUGGACAUGUGAGUGAAGUAUACAGGCCUAGAGCCAAAAUUAAGGAGCAUAGUGAGGACUCGAAAGCUAAGGAUGAUAGUAAUGGAACAAAAUUGCAUCAUGCAUCAGUAAAGCGUAGAAGAUUAACCGCACGGAAAAGAGCAGCCAUGUCAGAGGAGCUCAGUGCCUCAGCACGGCUUGUGCUAGAGGCUGUAGAGGCUAGGAACAACAGGAGAAACUGUCCAAUUUGGUUCACAUUAGUUGCCUCUGAAGACCAGAAAGGAGAUGCUUCCUUACCACAGAUAUCUGCUGGUUACCUGAGGAUAAAGGAUGGUAAAAUGCCAGUCUCAUUUAUUCAGAAGUAUCUUGUAAAAAAACUCGAUCUUACUAGUGAGGCUGAGGUGGAGAUAAUGUGCAGGGGUCAGUCAGUUCUUCCAACUCUGCAAUUACAGAACUUGGUAGACUUGUGGUUUCGAACAGCAUCUACAACUAAAAAAGUACCAGCGCCGGUGGGUUCUUCAGCUAAGGACUUUGUGAUGGUACUGUCAUAUUGUCGGAAAGUUCGACCCUCUUAAAUUAAUUAAUUGUCUUCUCCUCAUGUCGUCUUUGUUCAGUUUUACAUAUUCAGUUAGGAAAAUAUAUGAUGAUGAUGUUGGAUCUUGUGAGUCUGUAUUUAUUCCGACAAGCUGAUCCAUCACGCUUACUUCGUUACGUUCAUGUGAUUGCAUGUACGACUAUGUAAUAUUUGUUUCUUGAUAUCGUUACACGCUGAAAUUCAUGAAAUUGAUCUUCAGUUUGUUGUUA